AUGGGGUUCUCCAAUCUGAGUAACUACAGGCUCAGAAAUUUCCCUACCAAGCGGGACCAGAGCUGGUCUGUCCCUCAUUUCAUAGCCGUGCCGGGCAGGCCCCCUAGCCGGGCCAUCCGCGGGGAAGUUUUUAGGAGCACACGGUUGGGGGGUACUUCUCAACCACAGGCUCUGUAUCUGGCAGUCGCAGAUGGAAACCGAAACAGCGAGAAAAGCCGCCGGAGAGUUGGAGCACCGCGGAGUUCAGAAGUGGGCGGGUGUGUGUGUUUAAAAAAAAAAAAAGGGUGGAAACCCCACCAAGCCAAGUCUGCAGAAAAAACAAAUGAAGUGUGCCUAUCUCCGGCCUGGAGCCCCUCCCCUCGGCCCGCGCCCGGGGACCGUGACCCAGCUCCGCGCCCUCCUGGCCGCCGAGGGUCCGGAGCCCGCGCGCGCGCGCGACCCUCGCCGCCCGCCGCUGCGCCCGGGGCCGGCGCCCGCGACCCGUCGGCGAUGAGCAGCGGCAACGACACCUCGCAGCUCCCGCCCAACGAGGCGGACCCAGGGAUGGCGUUCUCCGUGACAGACAUUGCCAUCAUUGCAGGCGUGAUCGCUGCUGUGGCCUUCGUCCUGGUCUGCCUCCUCCUCGUCAUGCUACACUACAUGUACCGGCACAAAGGCACGUACCACACCAACGAGGCCAAGGGCACAGAGUUUGCUGAAAGCGCCGACGCAGCCCUGCAGGACGACGCUGGCCUCCAGGACGCCAGUGAUAGCAGCAGGAAGGAGUACUUCAUCUGAGGGCCGCCAGACCGCACCUCCCCAGUGCCUCUUCCCACAGCAGGACAGACAAUGCACCCUACCAACCAGCACUGCCCUGCGUGACCCGCCCCACCAGGCAGGCCUCUUCCCAAAACACAGACCUCAGGACUGUGGGUGCCAACCCAGGGCAGAGCAGGGAGGGUUCAAGCCAGGAUAGGCCUCUCCAAGGGGCACAGGGGCCACUGUAGAGGCCAGCCUUUGCUCUGAAAAUCUGGCCAGCCAGGUGUCCCCAGGCAGUGCAGGAUGUCCUUCCUGGGUGCACGUGGGGUGGGUGGGCACGGGGAAAGCCAGGAAGUGAGACAUCCUUGCCCUGACCUGAGCUAAUGGCAUCACUUGUAAGUCCUUGACAUUUGCAAGGAACAGCAGGUGCCGGAGUGCAGAGGUACCUUUGUACCCAUCGAUUCAGCUCAAAACGAUUGGAAAUAAAUUUGACAUGUAACCAA